AUGCCCCCCUCUCUCUCCCUUUCCUUCCCCCCCCCCUCCUCCCCACCAUGCAUGCUGAAUUUGUUGAUGGAUACCCCUCUAGAUAGGUCGCAGAAGGACUACGCGGAGACGGCGUGCAGCAGCGGGCGGGCGCUGUGUGCGCUGAUCAACGACAUUCUCGACCUCUCCAAGAUCGAGGCUGAGAAGCUCCGCCUCGAGCGCAUCCCCCUCAACCUGCGCGCCGAGCUCGACGACGUGCUCGCGCUCUUUGUGGAGAGCGCCCAGGAGAAGCGAUGCGUGGAGCUUGCGGCGUUUGUGGCCGAUGACGCGCCGGAAAUGCUCGUGGGAGAUCCGCUCCGUGUGAAGCAGAUCCUCAUCAAUCUCAUCAGCAACGCAUUCAAGUUCACCACUGAGGGCCACGUCUUCAUUGCCGUGCGCCUCGCAACCACCACCGAUAGUGGCACCACCAGCUGCAGCCGCCCCCCCCCGCCUCUGCUCUCUCCUUGUUCCUUCACUUCCUCACCAUCACCAUCACCAUCACCAUCACCAUCACCAUCACCAUCACCAUCACCAUCACCAUCACCAUCACCAUCACCAUCACCAUCACCAUCACCACCACCAUCAGCAUCACCCUCGCCAUCACCCUUACUGCUCAGAGAGGGGAGGGAUGCUGAUGAGAUUUCUGAGGAUCACCCUUCAAGCAGCUAUAUAGAAGGGAAGGAUCCAUGUCCAGUUGAGGCUGCCGGUGCUGGUGUAAAAGGGAGGAACGGUGCUGCUUGGGAUGACAGGGACGAUGGUGCUGGUGGCAAUGUUGGCAUGGGUGGCGGUGUUGGCACCAGUGGCGGCAGUCGAACCAUUGUGAAGGCAUCUAUUGAGCCUGCGUGUGCAACGCUGAGUGGGUGGCCAGCCAUGAAGUCGUGGUGUUCGUGGGAGGGCAUGCGGGAGCACAUGGACCUUGCUGCCGUGGGCAUAAGCAAGGCGAGCUAUACCGGCCAUGGCGAUGGGCAUGGGGGGCAUGGCGAUGGGCAUGGUGAUGGCGGUCUUGGCCAGGAAUAUGGCGAGGGAUAUGCUGAUGGGCAUGGUGAUGGGGAUGGGGAUGAGAAUGGCAAUGACCUUGCCCAUGGCAUCGUGGGACCCGACCAGCCUGUGCACCUGAUGGUGGCUGUGGAAGACACAGGUACCGGCAUCCCCCGGCACGCGCGGAGGUACAUCUUCUGGCCGUACACACAGGCAGAGCGCAGCACGGCACGGCUGCAUGGAGGCACGGGCAUCAGCCUCUCCAUCUGCAAGGGUAUGAUGCCCCUCCCACCACCAACCCCCCUCCCUUGCCCCUUCCACUUGCCAUGUGAGCAACGCCUGGUGUCGAUGAUGGGAGGAUCCAUCUCGUUUGUCUCGAAGCCAGGCGUCGGCACCACCUUCCUCUUCGAUAUCCUCCUCCACACACCGCCUCUCCCUCACCCGCCUCCCUCCCCUUCUCACCCUCCCCAACCCCACACUCCUCCUCAACACCAGAAUCCAGUAUCCCUGAAAUCCCCUGCCAUCUGUUCUAGCACUCCCUUCAUCCCCGCUCCUCCUUCCCCUCAAAGCUCAUGCCACUUCCCCCCUGAACCCACAAACCACCAGCCACUGCAGCAGCAGCGGCAGAGGAGAAGGGAGGAUGUGGGUUUCAGAGUGGGAACGCUGGGAGCGGUGGGAGUGAAGGGAGAUUUGCCACAAGGCGAGCAGCAGGGCGAGCAGCAGGGCGAGCAGCAGGGCGAGCAGCAGGGCGAGCAGCAGGGGGAGAAGCAGGGGGAGCAGCAGGGGGAGCAGCAGGGGGAGCAGCAGGGGGAGCAGCAGGGGGAGCAGCAGGGGGAGCAGCAGGGUGAGCAGCAGGGGGAGCAGCAGGGGGAGCAGCAGGAGGAGCAACAGUGGGAGCAGCAGGAGGAGAGGAAGCAACACAAGCUUGAACUAACCUCCGAGCCGUCUCUUGCUUCAACAUACCUCUCUCACCUCCUCUCUCCCAGUCGCACCACCAACCACCCCUCUCCUUCUCCACACACCAACCAGCAAGAUCGUCUUGAGGAGUUAUCUUCUUUUCACGAGCCUUUUGCUCCUUCUCUCGACCCAUUUGGCUCUACUCUUGACCCGUCUGCUCCUUCUCUCGACCCAUUUGGCUCUACUCUUGACCCGUCUGCUCCUUCUCUCGACCCAUUUGGCUCUACUCUUGACCCGUCUGCUCCUUCUCUCGACCCAUUUGGCUCUACUCUUGACCCGUCUGCUCCUUCUCUCGACCCAUUUGGCUCUACUCUUGACCCGUCUGCUCCUUCUCUCGACCCAUUUGGCUCUACUCUUGACCCGUCUGCUCCUUCUCUCGACCCAUUUGGCUCUACUCUUGACCCGUCUGCUCCUUCUCUCGACCCAUUUGGCUCUACUCUUGACCCGUCUGCUCCUUCUCUCGACCCAUUUGGCUCUACUCUUGACCCGUCUGCUCCUUCUCUCGACCCAUUUGGCUCUACUCUUGACCCGUCUGCUCCUUCUCUCGACCCAUUUGGCUCUACUCUUGACCCGUCUGCUCCUUCUCUCGACCCAUUUGGCUCUACUCUUGACCCGUCUGCUCCUUCUCUCGACCCAUUUGGCUCUACUCUUGACCCGUCUGCUCCUUCUCUCGACCCAUUUGGCUCUACUCUUGACCCGUCUGCUCCUUCUCUCGACCCAUUUGGCUCUACUCUUGACCCGUCUGCUCCUUCUCUCGACCCAUUUGGCUCUACUCUUGACCCGUCUGCUCCUUCUCUCGACCCAUUUGGCUCUACUCUUGACCCGUCUGCUCCUUCUCUCGACCCAUUUGGCUCUACUCUUGACCCGUCUGCUCCUUCUCUCGACCCAUUUGGCUCUACUCUUGACCCGUCUGCUCCUUCUCUUGAGCCGUUUGGCUCGCCCGCUGUCCUUGUGGCUCCUCGUCCAUCCGUCGCUCCCCUUUCCCGCCAGUACUCCUUCCCUCCCAUCUCACUCGCUGCUUCUCCUCCCUGCCCUCCUAUCUCCAUCGCCCGUCCGCCGCUCACCAUCGAUGUUCACUGCUCUAGUGAGAGAAUUGCGAGCGGAGGGGAGGAGGAGCAGCAGUGGCUUCAGCUGCAGCAACGGCUGUGGCAGUGGCAGCAGGAGGAAGAGAAGGAGACGGAGGAGGGGGAAGAGGGGAAGGAGGAGGAGAAAGAAGAGGUGGAGGAGGAGGAGCAAGGAGAGGAGGAAGGAGGGGAGGAGGAUGGAGCAGCGCAGGUGCAGCAACGCGUUUCCAGGGUUUCUCAAAGAUUGCAGCAGCGGGUGCACUACAGGAGCUUGAGCAAGGCAGAGAGGCGGGGAUGGGUGGGGGCGGUGGUGGUGGAGGGGGAGAUGAUGCAGCGGCUGAGCGUCUCAGCAGAUCAAAUCCAUGCUCUCAUGUCAGGCCAGGCAGGAGACAACGUGAGUACGGUUGGGGGGAAAGGGAAGAAAGGGAGGAAGGAGGGAGUGAGUAGGUGUGCAGCAGAGAAGGGCUGUGGCAGCAAGAGCAGCAAUAGCAGAUGUGCUUCUCUAAAACCUACCAGUGAAGCAGCUGUGGGUUCACAGGAGGAGCAGCCUACCAGCCUUACUGCUGGUAGCAACUGCAGCAGCUGCGGUUUGCCUUGUUCCUGUUCCUGCAGCGGGAGCAACUGCAGGUGGCCUGUUCCUUUCCUCGUGCUUCUCCACGGCUCUCUUCCUCUCCCUCCCCACUCUCUUGCUACAGGCCUUGCCGCCCCCGACAGUCUCAGCCCUUACAAGAGAGAAGCAUAUAACGGGGGCAGCUUCUCCUGUGAGCCUUGUCCUGAGGGCCAAAGAGGGGGUGAGCUGGACCAGAGAAAGGGGAGGAAGGGAGUAACCGGAGCAAGGGGCAGGGAGGGGGCCAAUGAGGGCGGCAGCAGGGAGGGAAGCUUGGAGCAGAGUAAGAGUAGGGAGAGGGAGGGCAGCCGCAAAAGGCAAGGAGAAAGGGUGGAUGAAAGGGAUGAGGGGGGUGACUGUGCGUGCAACGAUGGGAUGAGCGGUUUCCAAGGCAGAAUCAGGAACAGGCCUCCUGCUCUGUCCCUCUCUCCCUCUACGUCAAUACCUGCCACUGCCGCUCGUCUCUCUCCCUCCCCUGCUCUCUCCCUCGUACCCGCCCCGUCCAUCCCCUCGCUAUUGUCACUUGGCUUUGACGCUGUCGUGAGGAAGCCGCUGCGGAAGCCAGCGCUGCUGGCGGCGCUUCUGCCGCUGUUUGGUGCGGACGUGGGGGAGGAGCAAGGUGGGUGUGGGCAGGCAGGAGGAGGAGCAGAGGCAGGAGGAGGAGAAGGAGGCAAGAAUGGGGACGUGGCGAAGGGGCAGCGGGGUGGUGGUGUGGUGCUGAGCCCAUCGGCCCUCCACAAGGCUGGCAGCAGCGCUGCAGCAGCCCUCUGGCGAGCUGCCCACGUUUACACCUUCCGUUCGCCACGAACACUCAAGUCCCCACGAGCUCUCAAGUUUCCCCAGUCACUCAAUUCCCCACCAUCACUCGAAUCCUUUCUGUUGUGCCCCUCCCACUCAUCCACCACUCUUACCUCUCUAGCCACUCCCACCACUCCAACCACGUUCAACACUUACAUCAUUCCCAACACUCCCGAUACUCUCGCCAUUCCCGGAACCCCAAGCACUCCCCCGCGUAAAUCUGCCAAGUCCGAACAUGCAAGCCCCGUUGCAAGUGGUGGUCCCUCUGCCUCCCUAGCUAUGCAUCUCGCACCCCACCUCCUCACCAGCGGCACCAGCGGUAUGUUUAGAGUGGAUGGAGUUGGUGGUACGGAUGGUGUGGGUGGUACGGAUGGUGCGGGUGGUACGGAUGGUGUGGGUGGUACGGAUGGUGUGGAUGGAGUGGAUGGAGUGGAUGCCCUGGUAAGGAGUGGCAGUGCUGUGGAUAACGUUUCUGAUUCGCCUCAAGGGUGGCAGCACUAUGUGCUUGAGAGGGUGCAGCAGUAUGUGCCUCAAGGGUUGCAGCAGUAUGUGCCUCAGAAGAUGCGGGCUCUGGUGAGGAGUGGAAGCGCGAUGGAAGCAGCUGGGGCAGCAGAGUGUCGGGCAGAGAUGCAUGGGUCGAAGGGCGAAGGGAGGGCAGCAAAGCAUGGGUCAGCGGGUGAACGGAGAGCAGCUGGGAGGUUGCAUGGGAGAGGGAGUGAGCGACGGAAAAGCAGCGAUGGUCGUUACGUUGCUGCUGAUGCUGCUGGUGGUGCCGGUGGUGCUGAUGCUGCUGCUGCUGCUGAUGCUGCUGGUGCUGCUGGUGCUGCUGGUGCUGCUGGUGCUGCUGGUGGUGGAGUUCGAGCUUUCAGAAGUGUGCUUGAUAGAUCAGGGUUGCCUCCCCCGUAUGCUCGUCCUGCAGAUCUCACCCCUGCGUCAUCUUCUUCCUCCUCAGUCACACUCACUCCUGCUGCCACCCAAGCAGCAACACCAUCACUAUCGCCACUAGCCGCCCCGCCAUCAGCAGCAGCAUCCUCCUCAGCAGCAGCGUCAGCAGCGACACAAAAGCCGGCAACGGUGGGGGAGAGGCUGGGGGUGCUGGUGGGUCGGCGGGUGAUGGUGGUGGAUGACAACCUCAUCAACCGCAAGGUGGCCAGCAAGCUGCUGGAGAGGCACGGCGCGCGAGUCACCGCCGUGGAUGGCGGCGCCAAGGCGCUUCAAGCCCUCACCCCGCCCCACCCCUACGACCUCGUCCUCAUGGACCUCCAAAUGCCGGGCAUGGAUGGGCUGGAGGCGACUCAGAGGAUCCGGGCGCGGGAGAGGGCUCAGGGCGGGGGGCAUGUGGCCAUCGUUGCGCUCACAGCGGAUGUGAUUGCUGGCACGCGCCAGCAGUGCUUUGCCGUCGGCAUGGAUGACUACCUCUCCAAACCCCUCGAGGAUGCCCCUCUCUCCCAAGCUGUCUGGCGCUGCCUCGCCAACACAUGA